UUCAAUAAAUUGAGGCCUAUCGACAACCAUCUAGGCCCAAACCCAAUAAAUCCUUAAACGGCAUCGUCCCAUCUUUCUUCUCCAACUAUAAUAUUCAAGCCGCACUGAUUCUAACGGAUCAUGGAGAGCUACAUUGAAAUGCCGUCGUCAGAUCCUCCUCCACUAUCAGGAACCACACCGUGGGGGAAUAAGGUUGCGGACAAGGUUCUGUCGCUCUACAAGUCGCUACCGAAGAAAGGAAAGCCUCAGGGUCGCGAAGUUACGGUCUUAGCUGCAUUUCUCGUCUCCUCUCCUUCUCAAGACUUGGAAGUUGUUUCAUUGGGAACCGGCACCAAAUGUAUUGGGCGAUCCCUCUUGAGUUCCCGCGGUGAUGUUGUCAACGACUCUCAUGCCGAAAUUGUUGCUCGAAGAGCUUUGUUAAGGUUCUUUUAUGCACAAAUUCAGUCUCUUGUAGAAUACUACAGUAAGGACAAGCGUGAUGAUGGAAGCAACGCAGUGCAAGGUGGUAAAGUCGAAAACUUGCUUUUCCAAUUCGACCCUGAUGGUCUAGGACAAGGAAAAUUCAAAAUGAGGAAGGGUUGGGAAUUGCAUCUGUACAUAUCACAGCUACCAUGCGGGAAUGCUUCAUCCAGUUCACUAUUAUCUCCCCUUUUAUUAAGAGAAGGGGAUUCCCAAUCAUCCAUGGCCGAGACAAAGAGUUCCAUAAAUGGGGAGGCUUUGGUAGAGCAUAAUGGUGCUGCUUCACGAGUCACUGACACGGUCCAAAGGAAACCAGGUCGAGGUGAUACAACAUCAUCAGUCAGUUGCUCUGACAAGAUAUCCAGAUGGAAUGUUGUUGGAAUUCAAGGUUUGUCAUUUGAUAGGAAGUGUAAGAAAAGCAGGGCUAGACUUAUCUCAUUGCCAGCAAACAUCAGUGACGUUAUGUUACAUUGUUGUAAGAAGUUAUUUUUAGGAGCUCUUCUUUCCCACUUUCUGCAACCUGUUUACCUCUCUUCCAUUACUGUUGGGAAAUCCCCUAAUUAUAGUUUUGUGGAAGAUCGCUUGAAGAGAGCUUUAUAUGAUCGGGUUCUACCUCUCUCAAAUGAAUUGACAAGUCCUUUUCGGGUGAACCAGCCAUUAUUUUUUGAAGUUCCAACACCACCAAAGGAGUUCCAACAUUCUGAGACUGCUUUGGCUACUUUAACAUGCGGGUAUUCAAUAAGUUGGAAUAAAUGUGGCUUGCAUGAAGUCAUUCUUGGAACCACUGGAAGAAAGCAGGGUACAUCUUCCAAAGGGGCAUGCUUUCCAUCUACGGAGUCAUCUUUAUGCAAAAAGCGGUUACUGGAUAUUUUCUUGUCACUGAGGUCUGAAUUAUCUACCAACCCAUCCAAUGACAUUUCUUAUCGUGAAUUCAAGGAAAUGGCUCGAGAGUACAAUUCGGCUUCAAAAUUUCUUAAAGAAAUGCCGACUUUCUGCAAUUGGCUAUCAAAACCCCUUAAUUGCGAGGCCUUCUUUGUUAUGAGAUAGUAAGCUUAGGUAUGAUAAUAAGUAAAAUGAAGAUGUGGUCAUCGAGGGAAAAAUAAAUAGGUAAGUUAUUUUGUAAUUUUUAAAUAGUAGAUGAUUUCUACUUUCUAAAUAAUUGGAUCCUAAGAUCUAUUGGAUCUUUUGGCUCUAUACCAAGUUGAAAGAUUGUAGAAAUAACAUGGAGUGAAUGAUUAUUUUAUUAAGUAUAUUGUAAACGUCUAUAUAUACAUUUAGUCA